GACGUCUCCAAUGUAAUCGUAUUUGGAGGUUACUUUUUCCUUUUUUAUCUACUUUUCUAACGAAAACAAAGAGCACUAUUAAUUGAUAUGGAAAAAUUAACACAUUUAUGGAACGUGAAUCAAUUUAUUACAAAAUUAAAUUGUUCGCAAAGUAGGAAUUUGCAAACGUUUUACAUAGAAAGAUGUAGGCAGUAUACGCGUGGAAUACAACCAUCGUCUCAAAAUUUUGGUCCUUCUGUGAUGUGCCCAUAUUGUGGAUCACUUUGGAAUACUAUAGAUCAUAGCAUUAGAUUAUCACCAGGUAAACCACUUUCUAAAUCCAUAAAAAAAAUUGUACACUCUAUGAAUAAUGGUAAGAAAAGAAUACCUGAAGUUCAAAGAAGUUUGGCAGAAAAAUGUUUAAAAAAUAAAAUGAACAAAUUGGUACUUAAAUGCUCAGUUUGUUCAAAAAGUACAAGAAUAUCUUUUAAUAAACCACAAAGGGAAAAAGUACAAAAAAUUAGGACAGAAAGUAUUGAAAGAUCAAAAAAACGGAAGAAGAAGAGGACCAAGGAUAGGACAGCUGGCUUAAAUGUUUCUGGAAUUUCAAAUUUGAAUGAGAAAAAUGUUCAAACCGAGGAAUUGAAAGAAACCAACAUAAAAAAAGUUAGGAGCACUGCAAAUUUUAUUACACCAACUCAACAGAAAAUAAAAAUGAUUAAUAUAGAUCGAUUAAAAAACAUAAUAAAUCAAGGUGCAACACCUCCAAAAAGGAAGAGUUUACAUAGUUUCUUAACAGAGCUUUGUUGAAAAUUAGUUUAUUGUUAAAGUGUUUUAUAAAAUUUUCUAUUAACAGAAAUUCACGUUUAUUACAUAAAAAACAUCUGUAACCCUUUUAUACAUAAACCAAAAAAAGAAGAUAGCGAGAAGAAUAAAAAAAUUGAUAUUUUAGUUUUCAAGUUCUAUACUAAAAGACUGAUUACUUUUAUACAUUAAAUACUAAACAAUUUUCAAUCUUUGUUUACUUUAAUCGUCAAUAAUUGUUCUCUACAUCACUGUCCAUAUGAUAAAAUAAAUACACUAUACAUGAUGUAUUAGAAGCGGAACUCA